AUAAGGACUUAAGCAUUUAUUACAGACUAGUUUAAUUCAAACCAGCUCACAAGCGUUCAGACACUCUCAUUGUUUGCUCUGGCUCUAAAACUUUUAGAUUAUUUAGACAAGUUUGUGAUUCAAAUAUUAUGCAGUAAGUUUAAAUAACAAUAUAUUUUCAACAUUUGAAAAUAGAUAUUAAAUGUGUGAGAUGACAGUAUAGUAAGGUCCAUUUGGUUAUUUCUUAAUAGUAAUUUAUAUUUUCAGCCUGUGCAAAACAACAAAUGCUAAGCUGCCAUGAGUUUAUCCCAAAAUAUCUCAAUUGUUCAUCCAGAACACUUUUUCGUUACUGGGCUUACAGAUGCACCAUACAGCACUUAUUUCUAUAUAUUCUUAUUUAUCAUAUAUUUUAUUUCUGUAAUUGGGAACUCGAUAGUCCUUCUCAUUAUAGCUCUUCAUCGGAGCCUGCACAGUCCAAUGUACAUUGGUGUGUUUAACUUGGCCUUGGCUGAUAUUGGUGAAACUAAUGCACUGAUCCCUAACAUGCUCAAGCUUUUUCUUUUUGACUCACAUUACAUCUCAUACAAUGAUUGUAUGGCAAACAUGUUUUUUGUGAACUUCUUUAUAACUGUGCAGACUUACACUCUUGUUGUUCUGGCAUUUGAUCGUUUCAUUGCAAUCUGUUUGCCACUAAGAUAUAAUGCCAUAGUGAAUAAUAAGUUCAUGGCUAUAGUGUUUUCAGUAAUAUGGGUAUUUAACAUCUGUAUGGUAACAAUGUCAACAUCUAUGAUGACCAGACUUUCAUUCUGUAAAUCCAAUGUGAUAGACAGUUGGUUUUGUGACUAUGACAUAAUGAUGAGGUUGCCAUGCAAUGACAGUAGCAUUAAUAAGUAUAUAGCAUUCGUCGUUGAAGCUUUUUUCCUUGUAGCACCACCCUUCAUUAUACUGCUGUCAUAUAUGGGCAUUUUUAUUGCUUUAUGUAAAAUUACAACUUGGGAAGGACGUUUUAAAGCACUGAAGACCUGUGUUUCUCACCUUUUGGUAGUUGGAUCAUUCUUUCUUCCCAUAAUAUCCAAUAUUACUACUGAAACUUCUCCUAAUUCCAGGGUCAUUAAUGGAAGUCUUUCAUUAACUCUUCCACCAAUGCUAAAUCCCAUCAUUUAUGUUUUAACCACAGCUAAAAUCAAAGACUUAAUCCGAAAAAUGCUUAACAACAGAUCUGCACCAGUUAGAGCAAAUGUUUCAAAAUGACUAUAAUGAUUGUCUAUGUGAUCUUCAAUCAUUGUGAAUUAAAUUAUCUAAAAUUACAACAAUAUGUACUUUAUGGUUAUUUUUAUAUCCAUUAAGUGGAAAAUAAAAGUGUACAAGCAGAAAA